UCUGGUUUCUUGGGCAGCCCUAGGCUUUGCCCCCAGCAGGCCACACAUGAUGAAAGGAGCUAAAUUUGGGGGGGACCUGGUGUUUCCUGGGCUCCCAAGGAAGAUGACACAAGUGUCCUGAUGGCUUGUUGGUAAGGAACUCUUUAUUAUCCUGGGUGAGGGAUUGGUUUAACCCUUAAGUCUCUGGUUUCUGAUUAAAAAGAUGCACAGAUCAUUCCCUUUCAAGUGGGAGUGAUUUCUGAGAAAGCAAGGAGCAAAGCUGGGAAGGAGAAGUGUGUCUUUUGGGAGACAUGGGAACUGCAUAGACCUCAGGAAAAAGAGGGUCUGCUCCUGAAGGAUAUUUACAUUUUCUUGCUGGGAGAAGCAAACACAAUCAUGGCAAAGGGGCUGGUUUGGGUGAAGGACAUCCUGGAAAAACCCUGGGGAGGAGAUAAACCUCACAGAAGGUGUGUACAUGCUGUGUGGGCUGGGAAAUCUGCUGGGACCUUCCCUGUCCUGCACCACUCCCCUUCCCUCUCCCUCCCUGCAGAUGAGUAAUGCCACACGUGCUGUGCCCUCUCCCGUGGCACCUGGCACGCCGGGGCCUGGCACAGCAGCCAGGCUGGCCUCAGCCCCGCCAUUCUCAGCUGUUGCCCUGCUUACGGCUGCCCACAACAACUCCCAGGAGAGCCAGCAGCUUUUCCUGACCACGACGGCGGCACAGGUCAUCUCUGGCAUCUUCGUGUGGUCAGCACUCAUCGUCACCUUCCACCAGAUCUACACACACCUGAGGAAUUACACCAUCCCCAAGGAGCAGCGCUACAUCAUCCGCAUCCUCUUCAUCGUGCCCGUCUAUGCCUUCGACUCCUGGCUCAGCCUCCUCCUCCUCGGCAGCCACCAGUACUACGUCUACUUCGACUCGGUGCGGGACUGCUAUGAAGCUUUUGUGAUUUACAGCUUCCUGAGCCUGUGCUUCGAGUACCUCGGAGGGGAGAGCACCAUCAUGACAGAGAUCCGAGGGAAGCCCAUUGCGUCCAGCUGCUUUUACGGGACCUGCUGCCUUCAGGGUAUGUCCUACUCCAUUGGGUUCCUGCGCUUCUGCAAGCAGGCCACGCUGCAGUUCUGCAUUGUGAAACCCCUCAUGGCAAUCGUCACCAUCAUCCUGCAGGCAUUCGGGAAGUACCACGAUGGAGACUUCAAUGUCCACAGUGGAUACCUCUACAUCACCAUCAUCUACAACUUCUCUGUCAGCCUGGCCCUUUAUGCCCUUUUCCUCUUCUACUUCGCCACCAUGGACCUGCUGCGCCCGUUUGAGCCAGUCCUCAAGUUCAUCACCAUCAAGGCUGUCAUCUUCCUCUCCUUCUGGCAAGGGACAUUGCUGGCAAUCCUGGAGAAAUGUGGGGUGAUCCCUGAAGUUCAGAUCAUCGAUGGGAAGGAGGUAGGAGCUGGGACAGUGGCUGCUGGCUACCAGAACUUCAUCAUCUGCAUUGAAAUGUUCUUCGCUUCCAUUGCCCUGCGCUACGCAUUCACCUGCCACGUGUACAGGGAGAAGAAAGAAAACUCAACAGCAAACCUCGCCCCGAUGCAGAGCAUCUCGAGUGGGCUGAAGGAGACCAUCAGCCCCCAGGACAUCGUGCAGGAUGCCAUCCACAACUUCUCACCUGCGUACCAGCACUACACCCAGCAGUCGAUGCAGGAGGCAGAGCGCAAAGCACCAGGGGAGAAUGGGCAUGUGGCCUCCAAGAUAGAUGGACAGAGCAGCAGGAAGAGCAAAAACAUUGAAAAGAGAAUGCUAAUCCUGUCAGAUGAAGAGCUGUAGGAGGUAUCAGAAGAGACACUGACACUGAAGAGGUUUUAAUCCAUGCAGAGGGCAGGUGUCUUGAGGCUGAGACAGCCUGGGCUAAUCAGAAUACUGAGAAGCCAGGAACUCUAUCCAAAAAGCCAGUCUCUCAAAGGGAAGAUGCAAUAACCCAGAAAAGGUUGAAUGAAAUAGUGCCAGCUUCUGAUGUCAUGGAUGAAGCUGUGUUGGACCCUGUGUUGCAGCCUGGGCUUUGCUGACCCACUGCUGCUGUCUCUCUGCCAGCCCUGUGCCAAUGCUGGGGGAUGCCAGGCAGGGAGGGGAGCUGGGGUGCAGGACAGACCAGCUGCCCUCGCCCUACUCUUACCUCCAAGCACUGCUGAGGCCUGAGAGAAAUGCUUUUCUCAGCACAGUUCUGCUCUAGUUUCUCCCAAUUUGAGUAAAAAAUGAUCUCCAAGGGCUCCGUGGAGAAAACCAGCCCAGGAAGGUGACUUCGCUUCACCUCAAAACCCGGUAAAGGUUGAAAGACGUCAUUCCUUAUUUUUACAUCUUUCUCCCUCUCCUUCUCACAGCAAAGCUUAUAGAGAUGUGCAAAAGACCUUUACCAUGGAGAAAGAGUAAGUCAUCUUCUUCUCCCUCCAGAUGUGGAUGCAGCUGUCCAAGUAACUCCCCUGGGAGUGUGGCAGGACCUCACUGGGACUAACCAGAGGUCUGCAGCUGCAUUUCUGAGAGCUGCCGGUGACAGAAGUGCUUGUUUAUGUCUAAACCAGCUUAUCUCUGAACGGAUCAGAAGUUAAAAGGGAUUCCAGAUUCCUUAUCAGAAUCUUUACUAGGGAACCAGACUGUGACUGGUGGUGGUAGGAAUUCACUUAGUGGGAACUGUCUGUUCCUCCUAACCCUUCACUAUUCCCCAUCCCUGGGUUUUGCCUGACCUGUGGGAAGGCAAGCAGGAGCUGAGCCCAGCUGGGUGACCAUGGUGAGGAUAGAGAGGUACUGAGGGAUGUUGCCACGUGGGGCAAGACCACAGGCAAGGGAAGACUGUGUAUGGAGGGAUGAUCUUUGUAUCAGUGAUGGUGAGCUCAUAUCCUUCUGUUACGACUUCUCCUUUCUUCCUCAUUUCUUAGUCUAAUUUCUAUUCUUCUGUUAAUGAGAUGAUCUCUGGGAAUGAACUUAGGCACUGGUUGGGCUGUUGUCUGGGAAGGUAGCUAGCUAGUGGAAGGGUGAAGGCAAAUCUAUCGCCUCAGAUUUGCAGUCAUGUGGCAAACAAACCAAUGGAUAAGGCUUGGAGCCCUUUUAAACACAACUCAUAGAAUUUAGAUCCUUUUUUUCCCUGCUCUUAAGCUGCAAAAUGUAAAUCACAACACAAAAUUAUUUAUUUUUUUUCCUAAUAAACAGCAUUUUCUAGUACAGAGCAAGCAUGCAUUUUCACUGAGCUCAGCAAGCAAAGCCCACGAUCUGCCUGUUCCUGCUAUAAUGCUGAUGCUCUUAAGCUUAACGUCCUCCCUGCCCCUCAAUGCUGGCCCAGCAGAAAUACCUGCACACGCAGCAUCCUGCACAUUUUGGCAUUCCUACAGGAUUUGUGCUCAUCUUUUUCACUCCACAAAGAACGUGCGUGUCUCCCGCUUCCUCUCCUCGCACAGCACCUCCUCCACCCCUCACCUAAGCUGUGGAUGCAGUGUUCAGAGGUGCUGGAUCUGGUUUAGCUAAGCUAAGCCCAGAAUCCAGCACCAACAAGACAAGCUCUGUUUAUUAUUAUUAUU